AUGCCUCUCCCUCAAUUACUCGUGGGCAAGGUUGCGGCCAUCACGGGUGGUCUGACCGGUAUUGGACGGGCAAUCGCCCUGGAAUACCUCCGCCAUGGCGCCAACGUCGCCAUCAGCCGCCUAGGUGGCCCUAAGGAGGACGACCUGUUGGAAGCUCUUCGCAAGGAGGUGAACGAGAUCGAAGAAGGCGCCGAUAAGACGAGAUUCAUUACCGUUACUGGAGACAUCUCACAGCCCGAGACGGGCAAGGAAUUCGUCGCCAAGACGGUCGAGGCAUUUGGCCGCUUGGACGUGUUCGUCAGCAAUGCUGGAGUUUGCCAAUUCGCCGAUUUCCUGGAACUCGAACCCUCCCUCCUCAACCACACCGUCUCCACCAACCUCUCCGGCGCAUUCUUCGCCACCCAAGCCGCAGCCCGGCAAAUGGCCCUCGCCCAGUCUCCACCCGGAGGCUCUAUCAUCGGUAUUAGCUCGAUCUCCGCGCUCGUCGGCGGCGGCGAACAGACACACUAUACCCCCACCAAGGCCGGUGUCCUGAGUUUGAUGCAGUCGUGUGCAGUCGCACUGGGCAAAUACGGAAUCCGUUGCAAUGCCCUCCUCCCCGGAACUAUUCGCACGCAAUUGAAUGAUGCUGAUUUGGCGGAUCCCGAGAAGAGGACGUAUAUGGAGGGUCGGAUUCCUCUUGGACGAUUGGGUCAGCCGCCAGACUUGGCGGGGCCGGCUGUGUUUUUGGCUUGUGAGGAGUUGAGUAAUUAUGUGACUGGUGCGCAGAUUCUGGUUGAUGGUGGACUUUUUGUUAACCUUCAGUAA